AAUCAACCGACCAACAAACCCACCAACCACCAUGCUUAUGCUUACGAACUCUGCUUUAUCUCACAUUUCUCCUUCACCUCUUCUUCCUUGCCACACAACCAAAACCAAUCAAAAAUUCGUUACUAGGAACGCAAGAGCUAGUAGAAGAACAUGGCUUCCACUGACCGUUACCAGGGUCUCAUCGUCAGACGAUCCGACGGUAGCCGUUGCAUCGUCGCCGCCACCGCCGCCACCUGUUGGUGAUGAUGAGAGUAUGGUGGUAGAAUCCGCGGCGGACGUUGUGAGGAACUUCUACGCGGGAAUCAACGGCCGCGAUUUGGCCUCCGUGGAGGACCUCAUUGCCGACAACUGCGUCUACGAGGACCUUAUCUUUCCUCGUCCUUUCGUUGGUCGCAAGGAAAUCCUGCAGUUCUUCAAAAAGUUCAUUGGUUCUGUUGGCAGAGACCUCCAAUUUGUUAUUGAUGAUUUGUCUACUGAGGAUUCCUCAGCAGUUGGGGUGACAUGGCAUUUAGAAUGGAAGAGGAGGCCUUUUCCUUUUAGCAAAGGAUGCAGCUUUUAUCGGUUGGAGGUCGAGAAUAAUAAGAGGCAAAUAGUUUAUGGGAGAGACAGUGUAGAACCUGCGAUCAAACCUGGGGAGACGGCUCUGGUCGCUAUCAGAGGUGUUACUUGGCUUCUGCAGCAAUUUCCACAGCUGGCAGACCAGUUAUGAUAGAAGCCAUCGAGCUAUUUUUCCUUCAACUUUAGUGGAAAUAGUUAUUUGUUAUAUAAGGUUUGAUAAAUAUCAAAAUUGUAUAGUAAAUUCUGCCCCUGCUGAAGAAAAAAUUUAAGUAAAUGAUGGAUUAUAUUCUUUA